GCUUCCCGCCUGCCGCUGGCGCUGAGGCUUUUUUUGCCUUUUCUUAGCUUGCUUCUUCCUCACGGCCCUGGCUAGGGCUGGGCAGCGCGCCCCCGGGGAGGGGCGGAGCUGUAGAUAUGGUAUAAGGUAUUUCUUCAAGACUGGACAGCCGAAGACCUGUUACUCCUGAUUAGCCUUAAGCAGACUUAUAGCCAUCGAGAAACCUCACGGAAUUUCAUAUUUUGCUUUCUGCUUUACACCUUUCUUGGCACCCACGUUCAUCUUGCAACCAUGUAUGGAAGUGCUCGCUCAGUUGGGAAGGUGGAACCGAGCAACCAGAGCCCUGGGCGUUCACCUAGGCUUCCACGUUCCCCUCGUUUGGGUCAUCGUCGAACCAACAGUACAGGAGGGAGUUCUGGAAGCAGUGUUGGAGGUGGCAGUGGGAAAACCCUUUCAAUGGAGAAUAUCCAAUCCUUAAAUGCUGCCUAUGCCACAUCUGGCCCUAUGUACCUAAGUGACCAUGAAAAUGUGGGUUCAGAAACACCUAAAAGCACUAUGACGCUUGGCCGUUCUGGGGGACGUCUGCCGUAUGGUGUCAGGAUGACUGCUAUGGGCAGUAGCCCCAAUAUAGCUAGCAGUGGUGUUGCUAGUGACACCAUAGCAUUUGGAGAGCAUCACCUCCCUCCUGUGAGUAUGGCUUCCACUGUUCCUCACUCUCUUCGUCAGGCAAGAGAUAAUACAAUCAUGGAUUUGCAGACACAGCUGAAAGAAGUAUUAAGAGAAAAUGAUCUCUUGCGGAAGGAUGUGGAAGUAAAGGAGAGCAAAUUAAGUUCUUCAAUGAACAGCAUUAAGACUUUUUGGAGCCCAGAGCUGAAGAAAGAACGAGCCCUGAGAAAAGAUGAAGCUUCCAAAAUCACUAUUUGGAAGGAACAGUAUAGAGUUGUGCAGGAAGAAAACCAGCACAUGCAGAUGACAAUCCAGGCUCUCCAGGAUGAAUUGCGGAUCCAAAGGGACCUGAACCAGCUGUUUCAGCAAGAUAGUAGCAGUAGGACUGGUGAACCCUGUGUGACAGAGCUGACGGAGGAGAACUUUCAGAGGCUACAUGCUGAGCAUGAGCGGCAGGCCAAAGAGCUGUUCCUUCUUCGAAAGACUUUGGAGGAAAUGGAGCUGCGUAUUGAGACUCAGAAGCAAACCCUAAAUGCUCGGGAUGAAUCCAUCAAGAAACUUCUGGAGAUGUUGCAGAGCAAAGGACUUUCUGCUAAGGCUACUGAAGAAGACCAUGAGAGAACAAGACGACUGGCAGAGGCAGAGAUGCAUGUCCACCACCUAGAAAGCCUUUUGGAACAGAAGGAAAAAGAGAACAGUAUGUUGAGAGAGGAGAUGCAUCGGAGAUUUGAGAAUGCUCCUGAUUCUGCCAAAACAAAAGCUCUGCAAACUGUUAUUGAAAUGAAGGAUUCAAAAAUUUCCUCUAUGGAGCGUGGGCUCCGAGACUUGGAAGAGGAAAUUCAGAUGCUGAAAUCAAAUGGGGCCUUGAGUACUGAAGAACGGGAAGAAGAAAUGAAACAAAUGGAGGUCUAUCGGAGUCAUUCUAAAUUUAUGAAAAAUAAGGUAGAGCAACUGAAGGAGGAACUAAGUUCGAAAGAGGCUCAAGGGGAGGAGCUGAAAAAGAGAGCGGCUGGUCUUCAGGCUGAGAUUGGUCAGGUGAAGCAGGAGCUGUCCAGAAAGGACACAGAACUACUAGCCCUACAGACAAAGCUAGAAACACUCACAAACCAGUUCUCCGACAGUAAGCAACACAUUGAAGUGCUGAAGGAGUCCUUGACUGCUAAAGAACAACGGGCUGCCAUCCUGCAGACCGAGGUGGAUGCUCUCCGAUUGCGUUUGGAAGAGAAGGAAACCAUGUUGAAUAAGAAGACAAAACAAAUUCAGGAUAUGGCUGAGGAGAAGGGGACACAAGCUGGAGAGAUACAUGACCUCAAGGACAUGCUGGAUGUGAAAGAGAGGAAGGUUAAUGUUCUUCAGAAGAAGAUUGAAAAUCUUCAAGAGCAACUUAGAGAUAAGGAGAAGCAAAUGAGCAGCUUGAAAGAACGAGUCAAAUCCUUGCAGGCUGACACUACCAACACCGACACAGCCUUGACAACUUUGGAGGAGGCCCUUGCAGAGAAAGAGCGGACAAUUGAACGCUUAAAGGAGCAGCGGGACAGAGAUGAACGAGAGAAGCAAGAGGAAAUUGAUAACUACAAAAAAGAUCUUAAAGACUUGAAAGAAAAAGUCAGCUUACUGCAAGGCGACCUCUCAGAAAAAGAGGCUUCACUCUUGGAUCUGAAAGAGCAUGCUUCUUCCCUGGCUUCCUCAGGACUGAAAAAGGACUCACGGCUUAAGACACUGGAGAUUGCUUUGGAACAGAAGAAGGAGGAGUGUCUGAAAAUGGAAUCACAACUGAAAAAGGCACAUGAGGCAACAUUGGAAGCCAGAGCCAGUCCAGAGAUGAGUGACCGAAUACAGCAAUUGGAGAGAGAGAUUGCUAGGUUCAAAGAUGAAUCCAGCAAGGCCCAGGCAGAAGUUGACCGCCUCUUGGAAAUAUUGAAGGAAGUGGAAAAUGAGAAGAAUGACAAAGAUAAGAAGAUCGCAGAGUUGGAAAGUCUCACCUCAAGGCAAGUGAAAGACCAGAAUAAGAAGGUAGCAAAUCUGAAGCAUAAGGAACAGGUGGAAAAGAAGAAGAGUGCACAGAUGCUUGAGGAGGCUCGACGAAGGGAGGACAAUCUCAACGACAGCUCCCAGCAACUACAGGACAGUCUCCGUAAGAAGGAUGACAGGAUUGAAGAGCUGGAAGAAGCACUAAGAGAAAGUGUACAGAUAACUGCAGAGCGAGAAAUGGUGCUAGCACAAGAGGAGUCAGCCAGGACCAGUGCUGAAAAACAGGUGGAGGAAUUACUGAUGGCCAUGGAGAAAGUGAAGCAGGAACUGGAGUCCAUGAAAGCAAAGCUGUCCUCUACUCAACAGUCUCUGGCAGAAAAGGAAACUCAUUUGACCAAUCUUCGUGCAGAAAGAAGGAAACACUUAGAGGAAGUUCUGGAGAUGAAGCAAGAAGCUCUUCUGGCUGCCAUUAGUGAAAAAGAUGCCAACAUAGCUCUUUUGGAGCUUUCAUCCUCUAAGAAAAAGACCCAAGAGGAAGUGGCUGCACUGAAGCGGGAGAAGGAUCGUCUGGUGCAGCAGCUCAAGCAGCAGACACAAAAUCGAAUGAAGCUAAUGGCCGACAACUAUGAGGAUGACCACUUCAAAUCCUCCCAUUCCAAUCAAACCAAUCAUAAACCCUCCCCAGACCAGAUCAUCCAGCCCCUCUUAGAACUUGACCAAAAUAGAAGCAAAUUAAAGUUGUAUAUUGGACACCUGACAGCCCUCUGCCAUGACCGAGACCCCCUGAUCCUUCGUGGACUCACUCCACCAGCUUCCUAUAACUUGGACGAUGACCAGGCAGCUUGGGAGAAUGAGCUGCAGAAGAUGACCCAGGAACAGCUUCAGGAUGAGUUAGAAAAAGGUGAACGGGACAAUGCAGAGCUACAGGAGUUUGCCAAUGCCAUUCUUCAGCAGAUAGCAGAUCACUGUCCCGACAUCCUGGAGCAAGUGGUCAAUGCAUUGGAAGAGUCGUCCUGACCCUGCUUUGUGGGAGCGGCCAGCCCAGCAGCCUGCUGGAGUAAAUCCAGGAGUCAAGAAAGAAGAGCUGUAAGGAACGGGCACCCAGAAACUUCCUGGCACCCAACAAACACUACAAACUCUGUCCUAUCUUGGUUGGUCCUUUGAGUGUGAUUCCAGCACCCUUUCUAUAGCUGGACAUCUUGACUCUGCCUUUCAACUUUGGAUAUUGUCUCUACACUAACUUUCCUGAUGUCCAGGGUGGGUAAGUGGCCAGGUUUCCAUGAAGAACUGCCAUCCAGUCAUCAGCAGUGGAGAACUGUGGAAGCUGGUGGUUCUGCCCUUACAGAGGGACAUGGAGUGGAGAGCCCUUUUUCCUUCUGCCCUUGACAUGAGAACUAAACCUGGAAUCUCCUUGGAGUUCAGCAUAUUGAAAGAAACUUCCCAAUGGACUAGAGAGCUGAGUGUUCUAAUAUCACAACAGGUGCUUUCUCCUAAAAGGGUAAAAAAAAAAA